AUUCAAUCUUUUCUAUUCAGUCUCAUUUCUGUUAUCUUUGGUUUGUGUUUAUGUUUUGUACCGUUUUGAAAAUUUUGUGAAAAUUAGAUUUUGAAAAACUGUUAAUUGAAAGAAGCAUCGUCAAGAUGUUGGUUUAUCGCUUUCCAUCUUGGGUUUUAAAAAAAUUUAUAUCUCUGUAAAUGUGUCAGCUGGGCGUCAACUGGAUGAGCAGUUUUCAAUAGACAUCUUAAAUCGCACGUCUCAUUUUACGACAGUUUGAUGAUUAUGAAAGGAGCUUAGAAAUCAAAUUUAGGCCAGAUCGACGGAUCUUCAGAUCUUUAAAGUACUAAAGCAUAUUUAGAUAUUUGCUUGAUUGAAAUCCUUGCAAAUCUUUUGACGGCUUUUUCUUGUUUUUGAUGGCUUUUUAUUCUUCACUAAUUCAUACUUAGCUUUAUACUAGUUUUUGCGGCUCUUAAUGUGUGAAAAAUCACAACCAUCUUGUGCAUUAUUUAAAUGUUUUGUUUUGUGUAUUAUUACGCCCUUUGUGCACGGAAAAAUAACCAUCAUCCUUUUAAAUAAUUCAUCGAAUCUUUAGGCCAUGCAGCUACAUUGCUUCAUCCAAAUUAUCUUUCAUUCAAGGGGGUAUCUUCUUAAGAUAUCAACUAUAUCGUUUAAAACUGUUCACCCAUGAAGUUAACUGUUAGUUUUUCAUCGAUUUCCUGCAUUCAUGACAGAAUUCAAUGAAAAGGUUUAACGUGAUGUUAAGAUAGUUCUUAAUCGGGCAUUGUUAUCUCGAAUUAACCUCGAAGCAGAACUGUGUGAUAUUUAAAUAUACGAUGGUAGCUUAAUGGAAUUAAACUUUUUUUAAUUGCAUAUAAUUACUAAAAUCUUUUUCAUAUGUAUAACUUCACGGUGCACUGUAUAAAGAUUUCUCACAUGUAUAAUAAUUCUUUGGCGGUGAUCCCCUUGUAGGGCGUGCCGACUUGCCAGGGUCAUCCCCAAUGGUAGAACCCAUUUCAGCGCGGGGUGAUAUUUCAUUCUGGGCUGUGUAUGGUGAGUAAUUUCACCUUCAAAUAAAUUGGAAUGCCAUUACAUAAUGUUAUCACAACCGAUAUCACAAUUUUACAGUGCAAUUAUGGCCUUGGUAAUUUCUUGUAUUGACAUUGGUGUAAUUAAAUUGAUAUCCGAAAAUUUAGGUUUUUUGGUAGCGGUCGUUAGUUUUCCAACUAAGGUGCCCUAAACUGCGUUACGCUACUGUUCUUCUACAUAACCUUGGUUUUUAGAAAAUCGGUCUUUAAAAUAGUCAUGACAUCAUUCUCAUAACACUCACCCAAAAGUAUCUGUGUAUCAUACGCGUAGGAGAUGUAAUGGUUGUGAAGACUGCAGCCCUUCUCAUCAAGCAAAACUUAUUGAAUUUAAGGCCCCGUUCGGGAAGUUGUCUCAAUGAGCAAUAAUAUUCGGACAAGGUCAUCUCACACUAUCAAGUGUAAUUACACACCUGUCUAAGGGUCUAGAAAACUGACCCUUACCUCUGACAUUUGAUUCCAAUUUGAUUCCCCUUUUCUUUGAAACCAAAGAAAAUUUAUACCCUUUUCCCUGAAAUCAAAGUUGAAAUAAGGCCAAACAUUGAGAAAUUAGAAACUGUAUUAAGAUUCCCAUAUCAUACACCCUUUUUCUAUUUGCUAUGUCCUAGAUAUAUGACAAAAUUGAACCCAUUUCUAUAUUGAAGAGUGGACCCGCCGGGGUCCAUACUAAGAACCUCUGUACGUUUAGCAUCCACCACGGCCAUGUUGUCGAUUGAUUUUUCUGCUAUUGUUCGUCAGGAAACAUCGGGAAACGUCGUUUUCAUUUUUGCGUUUAUCGGGGAUAAUCGCCAAUGCUUCCAAAAUUCUAAUAUCACAAUUAUCGGGGACUAUUAUAGGCCAACGGGAAACUGUAUUGUCGACGAUUGCCAUAGAGUUUAAAUAUACAAGUACCAGACAAAAGCUUAAGCUCCUUCAAAGACAUGACAUUUAUGCAAUACUGUAUUCCACAUUUUAGGAACUGCCCAUUUAUUGGGUAUACCAAAAUACUGCAUUAUUUUGCAGCUUGCUUUAUAGCAGGGCUAGCGUGUCUAGUGUGAGAUUAAAGCCAAGAAGGGAAUAAUCCACUCCUGAUUGGCCAUUCGGCGUUCUACCAUGUGGAUUUUCAUUCUGUACUUUGACACAUUUUCUUUGCUUUUGAUAAAGAGUUUCAAAGUUCUUGAACGUGCCAGUGCUAGCCCGGAAUACUCUGGUUUCUGGUUAGCCAUUCAACAAGCAUUGCAGAACUGUUACUAGCAUGGUAAUGCGGCUUUCCGCGAUAAAGAUACCAUGGUUAUAGAGUGAAGCUGUUAUGAAUGCCAAUAAACAAUGUUGCGUUUCCUUAUGCACAGAAUUGUAUUGUAAUGAAUUGACGUUUCAGUUUGUCUGGGGUAUGUCUUUGUGGGGAUAAUCGCUCAUUGUCGCAUUUGAGAUGAAAAUCUAACAUUUCUGUGCAACUGACUUGUCAUUUGACGUAACGUGCCAAUUCCCGGUACAUAUUGACUUCCAUGGACCUCCAAAAAGAAUGGUAAAUAUUUCCUGGACCAACCCAAAAUUUUCAUGUUAACAACUUGAUUUCAUUUCUUUAGUCCCAGAUAUCAGAAAAUGUCUGUUUUGGGGGUUCUUGAGGGGUUCACAGUAACCCCAUCUGCCUUUCUGACAGUUUAACUUUAGUUUGUCCAACUGGUUCAAAAAUAGCUCUGUUAGUGACGUAAUUGCGUCCCAUGAUGCACCCAUUGUCUGCUUAAACCUAUAGAUGCUUUGGUUUUAUAUUGAUGAUUUCAUUGCCAAACUCUUUUAUAGCCGCUCGAUAUUCCUGUAGACAUGACUUCGAACUACAUGUUGUUGCUUUUGGUGUACCAUGGUGAGAUAUGUCAGACUAUCUGCCCCAUGUAUGCCAGUCUACAAAAACUUCAUCUAUUAUUUGUAUUGGCCAGACAAUACAUUAUCUAUUUCUGCAGUAAUGCAAGCCAAAAGAAGCUCGAGAAAGUAAACGAGAGGGCCCUACGAUUAGCCCGCUCAGACUACACUUCAUCGUAUUCUAAACUUCUAGUCAAGGCUAAAUCUAUAACAAUUCAUAUUCACUCCAUUCGGCUGCUAGCACUAGAAGUUUACAAAACUUUGCACAACUUGAAUCCAGCCUUUAUGAAAGACUACUUUCUCCCAAAACCCAAUAGCUAUAAUCUUCGAAAAAUAGAUACUCUAUCUGUUCCAAAGAUUAAAACGACAAGUUAUGGUAUUAGAUCUAUUAGCUUGUUGGGUCCAAAGAUUUGGAAUUCUCUUCCAAAUGAAAUAAAAUCAUCCAAAAAUGCAAGUCAAUUCAAAGUUCUUAUAAAAGAUUGGUACUUCGAAAAUCAAUGCGCCUGUAACGCUUGUAGUCAAUGACUUCCAUAAUGCAAUCUCUUAAAUUGCUUCAUGUUAGUGUAUAUUAUUGUCAAACUAACAAUAAAAAAGGUAUUAUUAUUAUUAUUAUCACAAGACCAGGCUGUUUGAAAUAUGUUUGGCAGGAGGAUUAAAUGCACUAUGUCCCGACGCGUUUCGCUGACCAUUUAAAUUCCCAUUGGUUAGACUAUAUAAUAGACCUAUUGUUUAAGAGACAAUCUGCCAAUCUUCUAUGUUUUGUCGAUUUUAAACACACUGCAAGCCCAUUGUUAACUCUGAAUGCCUGACUGACAGGGUAUAGUGCCUUUAAUUAAUAAUUUCAUAGCUGUUAUAAUCUUAUCUUAAGCGCUACCCCUGAUAUUCCGAAUAUCUUAUUUUCAUCCUACUCUCGUAGCUUCUUGCCACCAUUGCUUUUUCCAAGUGAAGUUCUACCUGUGAUGUUUAGUAGUCUUAACGGAUGCUGUUAUCUACAAUCAUUUGCCAUGGAUGAUUUUUAAACCGAGUAAGCUGGUGGCUUGUCAAAUACUCUUAUCUCAAUCUCGACUUAAAUCCUCAGAGUAUUUGAUUAAAGAAGUUGUUUUUCAACUUGCAGGGAUUUAAUUUCGAUAAUUUUCAAAUAUUUAGGUUUCGAGAGGAUUCUGGCAGGGGAUUUGAUUUGAAGUUGGUUUUGAGUCCCCCUGUUCGACUGGAAUUUCACAGUUUUCAAUUAACCUCGAGGUUCUAAGUAUAUUCUCACUUGCUUUCUUGCUAAGCUAAGUACAACAAGGUCUUGUUUAAGUAAAACGGAAAACAUCCAAGUGUCGGGAAGUCUACAGCAUCCCCAUUUGAAAAUCUUCCACUGGAAACACACACGAAAUUAUCUCUAGCUUAAAUUUAAUAUUUCGAAAAGCUUUUGAUCGAUUAUGCAUAAUUAAGCUUAGCAAGAGUUUUCAUGUAGCCAAUCAACUUGGCUGCAUUAAGAAUAGCAAGUAGACACCCCCCGUGCUCGUGCAGUGUAUCACCGAAGAGCACUUAGAUAUCAACAUAGAACAGGUGACACAGUUGCUAUAACUUUCCUUGUUCCAACGAAGUUGCUUUCAUGCUUUUCCAACUCAAUGCUGAAGAUGUUGCAUGUUAGAUUCAGUUUCAUAUCAGCUUGAGCAUUGCGGACAAUCGACCACCAUCGCAGAGGUCACGAGAAUCUCAGUAUGGCCCAGUGCAAGUACAAUGGCGCCUCUCCUAAAACGAGCCGUGACGAAGAUGGAGCUCUGAAGGACAGAUUCUGUAAAUUCAUGGAGUCUCUUGCUCAGAGGCUGAAGCGUGAUGGCCUUCGACUUUUCCUGCUCGUUCUUGCCAAUGGAUUCUAUCUGUAUGUUGGUGGGAUGAUUUUCUUCUUGCUUGAGCGGAAAGAAAGACCCAGCAUAGACAAAAGAAGACAGGUGACAACAUUGAUCAAUGCAAUUACUUCGGAAGUGAAUUUUAGCAACGAUUCAAAUCGAACUCCGUACAACCAGUCAUUUGCUGUGAAUCUAACCAACAGCCAGAUGGCUCGACUUGAAACGAUGCUGGAGAAUUACUUUGAAGAAAGCCAUGAAUCUGUAGGGUCGAAAUGGACCAUGAUGAAUUCAGUUUUCUUUGCCUCAACUGUUGUUACAACCAUUGGCUACGGAAACCUGGCACCACAGACGGGCUACGGCCAGGCGUUUUGCGUCAUCUACGCUGUGUUUGGAAUUCCACUAACGCUAAUACUACUUGCUAAGGUUGGGAAAAUCUUGGCCAAGUACAUAAACGAUUUAUGUGGUUUGGUCGUGCAAAAUUUGAGGAGGUAUUUUUACCCAGACUACACAUAUGAGAGCACCGAUGGUGAGACUGACCUAAACGCCCCAAUAUGGCUCGCAAUGGUACUUAUUACCAUCUUCCUGACUUUCGAUGCUGUUGUUUUUAUGUUUAUGGAAAACUGGUCGUUUGGUACCUCACUCUAUUUCAUUUUCAUCACGCUGACAACAAUUGGAUUCGGAGACAUUGUUCCUCAAAAUUCAGAGGCCGUCUGGUUUAAUGUCACAUUUUUGUACAUUGGAUUGGCUGCUGUCUCCAUCACAAUAAACCUUUUCAUUGCUAACAUAUCCAUACAGUUUCGCAGACACAAGGACAAAUUUAAGCUCGUUCAGCACUUCGAAAGUGAGUUAGAUUCAGAGGGAGAUUGCGAGACAACACCGUUAACUCGAGAAAUGGACUACCCUAAAGACUGCGAGUCUCAAAUCGGAACACGAAAUAAGAAUACAGAUAUCCCUGGAGAUAGCAUAGGAAAAGACAUCACCGACGUAUAUGACAGAAAACCCAAGCGAAAAACUUCUAGAGUGCGGUUUCAGACCGAUAACUAAUACAGUGAGAUUUGGUUGGUGGUUUUAUAUAUUCGGAAGUGCUGCGAGGGAGCCUGCGAUUGCGCAGGGUCAUUUUGCUGACUAUUUUCACUGUUUCCAUAUGACUGUUUAAGAAUCGAUAUUUGGUUUGUUCCUUUGGCGCCAGAUAAAAUAAACAAUAUGGAUUGGACAGCUGGAGUUAUAUAAUCACCAUUAAAAAAUGCCUGUAUCUUAGACAACCGUGGUGUAUACAGACAGCACCAGCCGUCCCAGCCAAGCAUUUCCAUAUAAAUGUUUUAUGUCGACGACUCCGUCCGCGCCCGGAGGCUCAAUCAGUUCAGUUCUUCUCUAAUUUUUGUGCCAUCUGUCUCACUGCUUGAAAAGGGCAUUCUCGUGAAAGAUGUGUAAAUUUUGAGACAAGAUCCGGCACAAUUUCAGUCAUGCUCAUGGCUCUUCCGAUUAUCAUGAAACUAAGCUUAUGAAAUCGCAAUACACAUUCGCAAUAUGACAAUCAGGCUUGUGAAGCCAGUAAAAUGAUACUGCAUGCAAUGCAAAUUGUGUAAACUCAGUUCCGAUAAAAAACUUGGAACAUUAAGAAUCCGUUGUUGCUGUUAGAAAAUUAAAUCAUACUUAUAAAUAUGUUGGUAAUAAUGUUGCAACGCUAUGUAAAUAUUGAAGAAUGAAAAUAUGAUAGACAACAACGUUUCAACUGUGAUUGUUCGAAGACAUGUUCUUUUUUGCU